AUGGGAGAUGACAGUCCCAGUGAGCUCCCAACAGUUCUGGUACUCCAACGAUCCCCAACCAUUGCUCUCUUGGAACCCUCAUGCUCCCAAAAGUUCAACCUCCUCAAAGCCUGGGACUCUCCUCUCCCUCAAGACCAAUUCUUGACCACCCACGCCGGUUCUGUCCAGGCCCUCAUCGCCCCCGUCCAUGGGCCCCCCAUCACCGCCCAAAUCCUCCAGUCCCUCCCCUCCCUCAAAUUCAUAACCACCACCAGCGCCGGCCUCGACCACGUUGACUUGGCCGAGUGUCAACGCCGCGGCGUUGCCGUCGCCAACGCCUCUAAAGCCUUUGCAGAGGACGCUGCUGACAUGGCCGUGGGGCUCUUCAUUGAUGUCAUGAGGAAGAUUUCGGCUUCGAAUCGGUAUGUCAGAGAUGGGCUCUGGGCUACCAGAGGUGACUAUCCUCUUGGUUCCAAGAUUGGAGGAAAGACGGUUGGUAUUGUCGGAUUGGGAAACAUUGGGUUAGGAGUUGCAAAGAGAUUGGAGGCAUUUGGGUGCAGGGUGUUGUAUAAUUCGAGGAGCGAAAGGCCUUCUUUGUCGUACCGAUAUUAUUCCGAUGUGUGUGAGCUUGCAGCAGAGAGUGAUGCUCUUAUAAUAUGCUGUGCGUUGACAGAGCAAACCCACCACAUGAUCAACAAGGAGGUUUUGUGUGCGUUGGGAAGGGAGGGGGUGAUUGUUAAUGUAGGCCGCGGGGCUAUUAUUGAUGAGAAGGAAAUGGUGAGGUGUUUGGUGCGAGGAGAGAUUGCGGGUGCUGGGUUGGAUGUGUUUGAGAAUGAGCCUGAUGUUCCGAAAGAGCUCUUUGGACUGGAUAAUGUUGUACUGUCACCGCAUCAAGCUGUUGUUACGCCUGAAUCUAUGGUGGGUUUGAGUGAAGUAGUAACAGAGAAUUUGGAAGCGUUCUUCUCAAACAAACCAUUGCUUUCUCCGGCUGUGAUUAUUUGAAUGAAGUUCUGUAAGCAGGUUCGUAUCUCAUACUUUUCUGAGCAUAUUGCAUGCCAUUUUGGUUCGCUUGCAAUCUGAGUAGUUGCAAAUUUGAGGUUCUCGGACUUCUGUUGUAAUAUUUCUUCUAGAAAGUUUCCAGCGCUUUCUUUGGAAUCAAUGCAGGGUACAAAAUUGAUACAAUUAGUAAGGCAAUGAGGGAAGACAAUGCCUGAAGAAAUGCGGUUUUAUUGUUGAACUUUUGUGGUCAGUAUGAAUAAAAUCAACGAUAAUGGUCGUUGAACUUUUGCUCUUGUUCUCAAGAAAGUUCCAAUUAGGGAAUCAGUAUGCCUUGGUCUCAUCAAAAAAACUUAUGUAGCCUUGUAUGUAUUGAUGUAUUAGUCACCCAGAAAUUCCUUAAUGUUGUGUAUGUGAUCUAAUGGAUGCUUGUCUGUAUGCCAC